GGAGUUAUACACGCCACCCUUCGCCGCGUCAAGCAUGCCGACCAUUCGUCGGGGUCCACCGGCGACUGCCUUGCUUACCCGCUACGCCUCCGCCGGCCGCCGAGUAUAGAUCGCCAAUCGAUAUGUCGUGAAUCAAGACACAGAAGCUUAAAGGAGACGAAACGAAACGGGACGAAACAAUGCCAUGAGGGUGGUUGCCAUCACGUUCGUCGUCGUCUUCAUCUUCAUCUUCGAAGGCGUGCUGUGCAGUCCAUCUCAAUUAGGGCUCCAAUUCUGUGCUCGCUUCUCGAGGCUUCCCCAGCAAGGAUAAUAAUGUCGCAAGCUUAUCUCACUGCUCUCACCCAGGAAAUCCAGAGGAAGCUUCAGCGGGCACUGGCUUCUCCGUCGCAGAGACGCAACUUGCUGCAGGAGCUGUUUGCGGACAUUGCUUUAGAGGUCGAUGAUCGAGCCCGGGAUAUUAUUCUCACGAGGACUGAAGAUGUAAUUUAUCCAGCAGAGGACGAGUCUAAGAACGGAUUAUGUUUUUAUGAUGUGCUUGCUGAUCAUUAUGUUUCAGCACCUGAGAGUGGAGGACCCAUCCUUGAUUUGAUUGUCAAACUCUGGAGCCAGUCCUUUGCAUCUCAUAUAUUCUCCCUUUUGUUCCACAAAUGGUUAUUUGAAGUUCAAAUAGAGAAUUCUGAAGUGCUCCUCCGUUACUCUUAUGCUCUUGUUCAAGGCACUACAAGUGUUUUCUGGAUUGACAUACAAACGAACUCGAGGCAUUUCCAGUCUCUCUUUCACUAUCUUGUUGAGGAAGUUGCAUUGGUGUUUACACGGUUAAAUAAGAUACCUUUGCAGGCCCAGAGAGAUUUGUUUCUUCUGCUUUCAAGAUUCAUAGUAUUCUAUGACUUCGGGGGCAGGCUUGAAAGCUUCUUGAAGCAAUUUCCUGUGUAUCCAAAUUCUUUCUUGGUGGGUGGUCCAGCAGAUAUUUUCGUCAUUGAACUCACAGAUCAGCUUCAGAAGUUAAAGGUGGAACCAGUAUUGCUACAUUAUUUUUCCCAUAUUAAAGUUCUCCAGGGCUUGGAGCUGAGGAUGACAACAAGUACACGGUUGAAGACAUGCCUGUACAGCUUCACCUCUCCUGGUGGCCCAAUGUAUCCCACAAGAGCUGUUCGUCAUGCAGCCUGGGAUGCAUUAGAUUUGCUUUUCCCUGUUGGGCGACACCCUCGGCUUCUCAUAAGCCUGUUUUUCCGAUUGCUAUAUCCAUGGUACUGGCCCUCCUCUUGCUGGAAUUUCAUAAUAUCUUGCAUUGAGGCAGUUGUCUAUUCUGUGUUGAGGUUCUUUUUUUCUGCUUUGGAUAAGUGGACAACAAAACCCGAAUCCUAAAUGUAGAUGCGUAUAGCAGAAUAUUUAAGAAGAUUGGCCCCACUUUGUCCAAGGUUUUGAAUCCAAAUUUGCUUUUUGGGGGCUGAAGCUGUUAAUAAUUUAAGACGCUUUUGUGA